GAGAGAAAAUUAGUAAGAAACUCUAAGAGAGAGUACUAACCUGUUUGCUGCAACAACCUCGAAGCUAGUUCAAACUAGUGGGAGGUUGUGUGCAUAGAAUUGCACCAAAAAAUCAAAAUACUUGUUGAUUAGUUCAAUUUGAAUUCAGCGAAAAAUCGUAAUGGCUCGUGGAAAGGUUCAGCUGAAGCGAAUUGAGAACCCAGUGCAUAGACAAGUAACCUUCUGUAAACGCCGAGCGGGGCUUCUGAAGAAGGCUAAGGAGCUCUCCGUGCUUUGCGAUGCUGAAAUUGGCCUCGUCAUUUUCUCCGCUCAUGGAAAACUCUAUGAACUCGCCACCAAAGGAACCAUGCAAGGGGUAAUAGAGAGGUACUUGAAGUUCACACAUGGGACUCAAUCUGAAGCUGUCACUGAACCAUAUCAUUUGCUAAUGGAUGCUAAAGAGGAAACCAAUGUGCUUAAACAAGAAAUUGACACAUUGCAAAAGGGUAUGAGGUAUUUGUUUGGAGGAGGAUUAGGGACAAUGGCAAUGGAUGAACUACAAGUUCUUGAGAAGAAUCUUGAAAUCUGGAUGUAUCAUGUUCGCUCAAUGAAGAUGAACAUUAUGUCGCAAGAAAUUCAAGCUUUGAGAGAUAAGGAGGGAACACUUAAGGCAGCAAAUACAUAUCUCCACGAUUUGGUGUUGGAGAAUACUUCUGUCACAAGCUUUGUUCCAUUUGCUACUGAUAUUUCGUACCCAUUGUUUCUACAAGAUGGGAUUUUUCAGCUCUAGGAAUGAGUUGGAGAUUAAUUAUUAAGACUAUAAUAUUUAAAUAAGUGAAGGAAAUGUGUUGUGUAACAUUAAAACCCUAUGUCAUGAAUAUGAUGAACAAUGACUUUAGACUACUUAUGAAAUAUGGUUUGCAAGCUUUAUUGUAAUAUGUGAGAUAUUGGUGUGAAUUCCAAUGCUUUUAUGGAAUAAGUUCACUAGUAAAAAUUGUAAGAAAUGAGUGAUUUAUGAAUAAUUAUAUUUGU